AUGUGUGACUCAUUGAAAGAAAAGCAAACACCGACAUCUAAUGAUCAAGAUUUGAAUUUUUGGAUUGGAAGAUGGCAAGAAAAUAAAAUUGGCUUUCACCGAACCUUAUUCAAGAAACAUGUUCUUUCAAAACUCGCUUCAUCGAAAGAACAACAAUGUGUAGUUUUUCCAUUAUGUGGUAAAACAUUGGAUAUGAAAGCAGUUUUAGAUAUAGGUCAUCGAGUUAUCGGUAUUGAAGGUUUUCAAAGUGCUGUAGAAGCAUUUUUUAAAGAAAAUAACAUUCCAUAUGAAAUCGAAAAAGAUGAAAGCAAUCAAUGUGAAAUUUACAAAGGUAUCGAUUGUCCUGUUACCAUAUAUGUUGUUGAUUUCUACACUUUUAACAAAUCUCUUCCACCUGUUGAUUAUAUAUGGGAUCGGGGUGGUCUCGUAGCUAUCGAUCCAUCGAAUCGUGAACAAUAUCGAGAUUGCCUUCUUCGAAUGAUGACGCCUGGUCAUACUCAACUCUUUAUUGCAGCCGUAUAUUAUAAUGAUCCUACUUUUAGUGCUCCUCCUCAUAUUGUAAGUGAUGAUGAUGUCAAUCAUUUGUUCGGAUCGACGUGUUCAUCUAAAUUUGUCGAAGCACAUGAUGAAACAGAAGAAUUUAAUUCACGAGAUGCGCUACGUCGCGUAAAUUUUAUAGAAGAACGUCUUCAUUUAAUUGUGCGAAAACAAAUGUGA